ACCAUCUGUUUUGAAUUUCCGGGUUCGAUUAUAUUUUGCUAUAUACAAUGACAAUUAAAUUAGCUUCAUUCUAGGUACUGUCUUUAAACCGAAUCAAAUUCACUACAGCAUACGGCAUGUAUCUGCUGCAAAUCCAUAUUGCAAUAUUGUGCUUUGCAUUAGUUGGAGGAGCUCAACUGUCGUGCGAAGAAAGAGAACUGAGUGGGGAUUGUUGUCCAAAUUACUACUACAACACUACUACGCGGAAAUGUACACUAUGCCCAAAUGGAUUCAUUGGUAUCAACUGCAGUGAAAAGUGUCAAGCUAAUUUUCAUGGAAGAGGAUGCCAGAAACAGUGUCCUCGACAUAGUCAGGGAUUAUGUCACCAUAUAACAGGAGAAUGUCCCCAUCAAGUGACCACGACGCUGUGGACGACUCCUCUAUUAGAUAACGCACAUACCAGUACCACUGAACAUAGAAACAAAGGAAUGACAACUACAAACAAUAUCCAAAGAAAAGAAGUGUCCCUAGAGAGAGGUUCAUUUACUACUCAGACGACGUCAGUAGAGAUGCCAAAUAAAGAACUAAGUACGGUACAUUUUUUUCAUAAUGGAAAGGUCAUCGAUUUCUUGUAUUUCGUAAAACUCAUCUGUUAAGAUAUACCUAAUAUGUACAUAAACUACAAAAUAUGUAGCUAAUAUACAUGUAUAUACAUACUACGUUAUUUAUUGAUCCUGAAGCGUACUACUACACCAGUCUAACAUUGAACGAACGCUAAACGGUUUGAUUAGAACGGUUCUAGGCGAGAUCAAAACGGAUGGAGAACGAACGGUUUGGGCCGGAACACAUUGAACCAAGAUGGGAAUGAACGCUUUGGCCUUGAUUUUAAAAUCUGCAUUUCGGAUUACUUAAGCAUUUUCUAAUUACAUUUUUUUUCAAACAGGUACAUUGUGAUAAAGACAGAAAAAGAAUGAGGAAGGGGAUUAAAGUGGGUUUUUUUUCAAAUGAUUUAUUUAAUUUAAAGAUAUUAUAAAUUUUAAGUGAAAAAGUAGGGAUUGAAAAUGAAUUACAGCAUGGUGUAGAUUUAUAUGUAGAUGACUUAAGCAUGCAUGAAAUAAUUCCUUAUGCACCAUUCCUCAUAUAUAGGUAAUUACUUC